UUGUAUUUCUUUCAGUGUAAUGAAGAAGGCCAGUAACUUUGCUAUGUUUGCUAGAAAUGUGUCCUAAUUUUGAAGAAAGGAGUUUCUGUGAACAAGGUUCUCAAAUGGAUUUGUUGGCUGCUGGCUGCCAGGGUCAGAAACCUCUUGGAUCGCGUUCACAAUAUUCAGGCCAUUUUGGGUUGAAAGGAGUGCAUGAAAUGGCUGCUCAAGCAGGUCCUUAUGCAGAUCAUCCCAGUUAUGUUGUCUAUCAUGGUAGUUCUCGAAUGGUAAGUCACCAGACAGGUGUAUCAACACAGCCCCAGGCACAGUGGAUGCAAGCACCAACUCCUAUUCCUAACUGUCCACCAGGAUUAGAGAACCUUACAUUGAUCGAUCAGAUACUUGUUCAUCAGGUUACUGAGCUUAUUGAAGCCUUAGUAGGAUAUGAGACCAAAAUCAAGUAUGAGGUAAAAAACGGCUUGGGGCAAAGAGUUUAUUACGCAGUUGAAGACAGCGAAAUUAAUAAUCGAAUGUGCUGUGGUGGAUGUAAUAGCAGAUUUAUCAUAAAGAUUUUGGAUGACCUAGGACAAACCGUCAUGCACCUUGUGCACCCUUUAGGAUGUGGAUCUUAUUGCAUACAUCAGAUGGAGGUUCAAGCACCACCAGGAAAAGCUAUUGGCUAUAUUGUCCUGGAAUGGCAUCCUUUUAUACCCAAAAUGAGUAUCCUGAAUGAAAGUCAUGAAACAGUAUUGAAAAUUAGAGGUUCCUGCUUUGCAAUGAGUCGUCCUGGUGAUGUAAACUUUGAAGUUGUAAGCCGGGAUGAGGCCACUGUUGUUGGAAAGAUAUCGAAGCAAUGGUCGGGUCUUGUACGUGAAUACCUCACAGAUACUGAUAACUUUGGAAUUCAGUUUCCUAUGGAUUUGGAUGUUAAAAUUAAAGCUGUUCUCCUUGGAACAAUCAUAUUUGUGUUUCAAAAUAAUAAAAAAAGGAAAAGGGCCCGAAGCAAAAGUUUGGGCACCCUGCACGGGAUCUUGAUUUUUGACGUCUUUUUCCAUCAGUAUCAACUCCCAUACUUAAUGAAGACUAUCCUUGGGAGUUCAGGAUUUUAUGUACUUCCAACAAAAUCCUGGAGCAGUACGUGGUAGAGUUCAGCAGAUGUGAGCCACAGAAUAAUGGAACUUAUCCAGAAGUAUUAUGAUGCAUCAGAAAAGGUCAAAAAUGAUCUGCACAGAGAGUGUUGAUGUUCAGUUAUGUGCCUAACUUCAGCAUGGAUCCACAGGAAUGAAAAGGAUUCACUGGUGUUCCUCUGAAAGCUUGCAGCUAUUCACCUUCAGUACAUUAUGAUUAAUAGAAUGGUAUGUUGUGUGUCAUUUUUGAAAUGUAGAUUAAUUUAAUAAUGUUUUAUAUCACAUGUUUGUGAUUUAUCAAUGUAUACUGUACUGCCUGUUAUGAUUAAAGAAAAUGUACAGUUACCACAGAUCAUGAAAAGGCAACGUAACUUCAUUGGACGUGUGAUUAGGAAAGAGGAGUUAGAAUGUACUGUAAUUAUUGAAAAAAUUGAAGGGAAGAAAGCAAGAGAAAGGCAAAGACAAAUGGUGAUGGAGACAGCAGCCAGAGGACUGGAAAUAAAUUCAUCCACUUGACCCGAAACAGGAGUGUGUGGGCCAUGGCAGUCAAAGCUCAAACUGGGCAUGGCACCUGAUGAUGAUGAUAACAAUUUCCACAAUAAACUAUAGUAUUAUUCUGGGAAUUUCCUUGCAUCUGUCCUUUAUAAUAUUAUAAUUUCAGUGGAAAACCAUGUAUUGUAGAUCACAAGGGGUUCUAACACUUUUGGUCACUGAUGUUUAGUGGGACCAGAUCCAAACUAAUUCAAAUCAUUACAUUGUGAUUGCUCUAUUUUCAUAUUCAGUUGUAGCCAGUAUGUCUAUUUGCAUCAGACCACACCUUCGAUGUGUAGACUUUUAGCAUCAAUAUUUGAUUUCAUUAAUUAUGUAAUACAUAACUUUUAAAUUUUAAUGUUCUUCUAUACAUAAAUGUUACCCAAAUGUCUGGCAAGCAAUUAAAUCUGCAUUGUUCAAAGAAUUGUGGCUGCAUUCCUUUCUAU